GGUAACUAGAAACGAAAGUAAACGGGAGGGUAAACAGACGCCAUUUCGGUUAUUUAAAAGGCUGCAUAUUUUGUGAGGAUAAUCAAUCUCACAACACUCCUUUUACAAAUGAGAGUGGGAGGACACUGCCUCCAAAAUGAGUCUUCAUAACAAGAGAAAAAAUGAGAGCACGAAGAGUGAUCAAUGCAUGAGGACUGAUCCUCCUGAAUCCCAUCAUGGAACCUCUGACCCCAGUAUCAGCAAGACAAAAACACAGAGAUCGAAAUCUCCAGGACCCAGUGGUGUGUCUAUGAAGAGUAACAAAUCCAUUCUGCAGCCCCCUGAACUCAGUAACAAACCAGGGACCUCUGACCCUCCGGGAGAAAAACUUGACUUGAUCAGAUCUAAUCAGUCCACUACAUCUCACUAUCAAACACAAAUUAAUCAAGACAAGACUAAAAUAGUCCUGCAGACAUACACACUGGAGACUGGAGACCUGCGGAGAGUCAAAGACAAACACAAAACCAGCAUGAAAAUCAAGUAUGGGAGCUUGUUUGAGGGAAUCAAAACAAAGGAGACCCUCCUGAACAAGAUCUACACACAACUCUACAUUAUAGAGGGAGAGAGUAAAGGAGUGAAUGAAGAACAUGAGGUUUUACAGAUGGAGAAAACAGCCAGAACAAAACACUCACAAGACACUCCAAUCUACUGCAGUGACAUCUUUAAAGCCUCAGCUGAACCAGGAUGUGAGGAGAAAGACCAGAUCAAGACUGUUCUUACUAAAGGCAUCGCUGGAAUCGGAAAAACCAUCUCCGUGCAGAAGUUCAUUCUGGACUGGGCCGAGGGAAAAGCCAAUCAGGAUGUAGAUUUCAUGUUUGUGCUUCCAUUUCGAGAGCUGAACUUGAUCCAAGAUCAUCAGUACAGUCUUCACAGACUUCUGCUGGACUUUCAUCCUGCACUUAAAGAUCUUGACUCAAAGAUUUAUGAGGAGUGUAAAGUUGUGUUCAUCUUUGAUGGUCUGGAUGAAAGCAGAAUCACACUGAUGUGUUCAGAUGAUCAGAAAGUUUGUGAUGUGACUGGGACUUCAUCGGUGGGUGUGUUGAUGUCAAACCUCAUGAAAGGAGAGCUGCUUCCCUCUGCUCUCAUCUGGAUCACCUCCAGACCAGCAGCAGCCAAUCAGAUCCCCUCCGAAUACAUCAACCGUCUGACAGAAAUUCAGGGAUUCGCUGAGCCUCAGAAGGAGGAAUAUUUCAGGAAGAGAAUCAGUGACCAGCAUCAAGCCAGCAGAAUCAUCUCACACAUCAGAAGAGCAAGAAGCCUCCACAUCAUGUGCCACAUCCCCGUCUUCUGCUGGAUCUCAUCCACUGUGCUUCAGAAGCUCCUGGAAGAAGAUCUGAGUGCAGAAAUCCCUCAAACUCUGACUGAAAUGUACAUCCACUUCCUGCUGAUUCAGAUCAACAUGAGGAACCAGAAGUAUGAAGAGAAAGAAUCAGAGAAACUCCUGCAGUCCAACAGAGAAGUGAUUGUGAAACUUGCUGAAGUGGCUUUCAAACAGCUGAUGAAGGGCAAUGUGAUGUUCUAUGAGGAGGACCUGAUUGAGAGCGGCCUAGACGUCACUGAUGCCUCAGUGUAUUCUGGAAUUUGCACUGAGAUCUUUAAAGAGGAAUCUGUGAUUCAUCAGAGGAAAGUCUACAGCUUCAUUCAUCUGAGCGUUCAGGAGUUUCUCGCUGCAUUUUAUGUGUUUUACUUCCGUGUAAGCAGCACUUCAGAAGCAUUAUUAGAUUCACUGCAUAAUUUGCAUAAAAGAGCAGUAGAUAAAGCCCUUGAGAGUGAGAAUGGACACCUGGAUCUGUUCCUGCGUUUCCUGCUGGGCGUCUCACUGGAGUCCAAUCAGAGACUCUUACAGGAUCUACUGACACACACAGAGAACAGUUCAGAGAGCAUCAGGAGAACCACACAGUACAUUAAAGAGAAGAUCAAAGAUGGACAAAGACUCUCCACUGAAAGAUCCAUCAAUCUUUUCCUCUGUCUGCUGGAAGUCAAUGAUCAGGCUCUGUCUAGAGAGAUUCAUGAGUUUGUGAAAUCAGACAAACACUCAGAGAAGAAACUCUCUCCUGCUCAUUGCUCAUCAAUUGCCUACAUGCUUCAGAUGUCAGAGGAGCCUCUGGAUGAGCUGGAUCCCAUGAAAUUCAACACAUCAGAUGAGGGGAGAAGAAGACUGAUACCAGCUGUGAUCAACUGCAAAAAAGCUCUUUUUGCUGGCUGUAAUCACACUGGUCAGUCCUGUAACAUUGUGGCAUCAGCUCUACAAUCCUCAGACUGUGUCCUGAGAGAGCUAGAUCUGAGUAACAAUGACCUGCAGGAUUCAGGGGUGAAGCUGCUCUCUGAUGGACUGAAGAGACAAAACUGUCAGCUGGAGAUACUGAGGUUGUCAGGCUGUAUGGUGACCGAGGAAGGCUGUGGUUAUUUGUCUUCAGCUCUGAGUUCAAACCCCUCACACCUGAGAGAGCUGGAUCUGAGCUACAAUCACCCAGGACCAUCAGGAGUCCAGCUGCUCAAACACAGACUGAAGGAUCCAAACUAUAAACUGCAGAUACUCAGUUUGGACCACGGAGGAUAUUUCAGGAUCAUGCCAGGACUGCGAAAAUACGCCUGUGAUCUCACACUGGAUCCAAACACAGCACACACUCAACUCAUCCUGUCUGAAGACAACAAAAAAACAAUAUGUGUAAAAGAGGAGCAGUUGUAUCUUGACUGUCCAGAGAGAUUUGAGCGCUUUGAGCAGAUUCUGUGUGGAGAGAGUCUGACUGGACGCUGUUACUGGGAGGCUGAAUGGAGUGGAUGGGCUCAUAUUGCAGUGGCAUAUAAAGGAAUCAGCAGGAAAGGUGGGAGCGACUGUCGGUUUGGACUCAAUGAGAAGUCCUGGAAUCUUUACUGCUGUGAUACGAUUUACUCUGUCUGGCACAAUAAUAACAGGACAAACAUUUCUGUCCCUUCAUCUUCAUCUACUAGAGUAGGAGUGUAUCUGGACUGGCCAGUCGGCACUCUUUCCUUCUACAGCGUCUCUGACACACACACACUCACACACUUACACACAUUCAACACCACAUUCACUGAACCCCUCUAUGCUGGAUUUAGACUGUAUCCCGAUUCUUCAGUGUUUCUCUGUCAAAUUUAAAUUUUCAAAGGAAAUGCAGAGACGCAUAUGCCAGCUAAAUUCCACUACAGAGCAUAUAAAUGAAAUGGUAUUUGUGACUUUUGUAGUUAGGAGAAAUAAUUGCAAUAUUAGGAUCACAAUUACCAAAAAUAAAGGACCGAUUUAGGGAUAUGAACUUCAAAUGGCAAUAAAUAAAGUUCUUCAGCACUUCUGAAACAAAGAUGCAGUUACCUUUAGCUCCAGGCUUUCACAGACAUAUUUUCAUAGUAUCUUUUCAGUAUCAUUUUACUAUGUUUAUCAUAUUGAGAAGUUUUGAUUGGCUUUCACAGACCAAUUCCCCUUACAUUUGAGGUAAUAUUUUUUAAAUUAAUUUAUUUAUCUAGUACUUUAUUUAAAUUUUACACUACAUUUCAUAACGUCUGAAAACGUCUGUUUUUUUUCACCUGUAGAUUUUAAAGGGUCUGACCGCAGGUCACUGGUAUCAGAUAUCAUCUGUCGUUGUCUGUGUUUUAGUUGAGUUACAGAAAGUCAAAUUGACAUUUUAUGUUACUGUUACAUUUUUGCUGUAUGCACUGUUUACAUUUCCUUUUCCCCCAUAUUCUGGAUUAUUUAUUAAUUAUUAAUUAACCUGACUGCAUCUAUUUGACUUCAUGUGACUACAGCUGUGACAGUAAUGUUUAAGUUUCAGAUGUUUCAGACCAGGCAAAAAUGUUUGUAACAGCUGCACUGUUUAAUACUGGGUUACAGGUGGUUUUCUUCAAAAUAUGUUUGCUGGUAAGGCUUUGAAAUAUGCAAGUUUCAUUUAGUGGAUACAAAGAUAUUAGUUAUAUUAUAAUAUAUACCAUUUGGAUGUACAGUACACAGUAAAACCCCCAGUGUUAAAUCAACACUCCCAGU